CGAGAAAGGCAACAUCCUUACACUAUACGCGCGGGCGGCAGCAGUGUGGUGAUGACACACGUCAAUUUUGACAUACAAACUGUGGGGGUGGCACAAUGUGUCGUCUUCCCCAUUGAGCCAUAGCGUCGUUGACGCCAUCUAGAUCCAUUCUUACUCGUUAGCGCCACGGGCAUGGCUCUACUCAGCUUGGCUCGAGGCUUGGGCACCGGCGUCCCAGGGGUCCAGACUGCUGUGCUUCUUUCGUUAUCAAAGCACGCCAUUAUGUGGCUACAAUGAACAAGCAGAUCCCUGCGGCGGGCUCGGCGACGCUGCAGAGGGCGGAUUGUCAGCAAGCUUGGCUGCACUGCGUAAAUCGUAUAAGGGCGGGCCGUCGCAACUGAAUUUAAAGUUUUCUCACAGCAUUCGCAAGGCUUGAUUAAUUAUACUUUCUGUUUUAUCCCUUUGCUUGUUAUUUGGGAAACAGCGUGUGUUUGAAGGCAUCAAACUUGCACCACUGUCUUUGGUCAAUUAUCAGUAGGCCGAGCACGCCGCCGCACUGUACCGCUCGCCAUGGCAAUCCAAGACAAAAUUCGAUCCGCUUUGGGUCUUGACGAUGACUUGUACGAUGAAGAUAUUCCAGAGCUUACCAAUGCCGACCUCUUCAUCGAACGCGAACCUACCAUUGCCGAAUUCUUCCAAGAGCUCACUCCGACGUGGGCUGACGUUUCUGCCUACCUCACCAACUUGCUUCCAUUCCUGCAGUGGAUUGGAAAGUACAAUGUUACAUGGCUCAUCGGUGACUUGAUUGCCGGUAUCACUGUCGGCGCUGUUGUGGUUCCUCAAAGUAUGGCUUAUGCCCAGCUUGCCCAGCUCCCUGUCGAGUACGGUCUCUACUCAUCAUUUAUGGGAGUUCUUCUGUACUGGUUCUUUGCUACAUCCAAGGACAUUACCAUCGGACCUGUGGCCGUCAUGUCCCAAGUCACAGGCAACGUUGUCCUCCAUGCUAAGGAUGUCCUACCCGAGGUUCCGGGCCACAUUAUUGCGUCUGCCCUUGCCAUCAUAUCCGGCGCCAUCAUCCUUUUCCUCGGUCUCGUGCGCCUUGGAUGGGUUGUUGAGUUCAUCCCACUUCCUGCCAUCUGCGCCUUCAUGACCGGAUCUGCUGUCAACAUUUUGGCCGGCCAAGUUCCCAAGCUCAUGGGUAUCAGCGGCGUCAACACAAGAGAUGCCCCAUACCAAGUCAUCAUCCAAAGCUUGAAGAACCUACCGACUACUCAGAUUGAUGCUGCCCUCGGAUUGACGGCCCUGUUCAUGCUAUACCUGAUUCGAGGUGUCUGCAGUCACAUGGCCAAGCGUUCUCCCCAGCGCGCAAAGCUAUACUUCUUCUUGUCAACACUGCGAACUGCCUUUGUCAUUCUCCUCUACACAGCGAUCAGUGCUGCUGUUAAUGUGAGUCGCAAAAAGAAGCCAAUGUUCAGCAUCAUCAAGGAUGUGCCUCGUGGAUUCCAGCAUGCCUCCGUCCCAAGAGUUGACAGCGAGAUUAUCGGUGCCUUCGCAUCUGAGCUCCCUGCUGCCAUCAUUGUCAUGCUCAUUGAACACAUUUCCAUCUCGAAGUCUUUUGGCCGCAUCAACAAUUACGUUAUUGAUCCGUCGCAAGAACUUGUCGCCAUUGGCGUCAGCAACCUCCUCGGCCCAUUUCUCGGUGCUUAUCCCGCCACCGGCUCCUUCUCUCGUACUGCCAUCAAAGCAAAGGCUGGCGUCCGCACUCCGUUUGCCGGUGUUAUCACUGCCGUUGUCGUUUUACUCGCCCUGUACGCAUUGACUGCAGUCUUCUACUACAUCCCCAAUGCUGCUCUGGCCGCCGUCAUUAUCCAUGCUGUUGGUGAUGUCAUCACGCCCCCAAAGGUUAUUGUCCAAUUUUGGCGCGUAUCACCUUUCGAAGUCGUCAUCUUCCUAGCAGGUGUACUGGUCACAGUCUUCACUACCAUUGAGAACGGUAUUUACACCACUAUCUGUGUAUCGUUUGCUAUUGUCGUCUGGCGUCUCUUCCUAAGCCAAGGCCGCUUGCUCGGCGUUGCUCGCAUCCGAACUGUCCGGGCACAUGCAAACGGAUCUGUUACUGCUCUCAGCUCAUCGGAGGAUGUGUCGGUUGAGGAAGCCUCGGUUCGAACUGGUUUCCUUCCUCUCGAUCAUGCCGAUGGCAGCAACCCAAGAGUCAAUGUUCGCAGCCCUUAUCCCGGAGUCUACAUUUACCGUUUUGCGGAGGGAUUCAACUACCCCAACGCCGGUAGAUAUCUCAACCAUCUCACUGAGACUAUUUUCCGAGAAACUCGUCGUACUGACAGAUCUACACUUGGAAAAAUUGGCGAUCGCGCAUGGAAUGACCCUGAGCCGAAGAACGCCGAUGUUGAUGCAGUUGACGACCGUCCCACAUUAAAGGCAAUCAUCCUAGACUUUUCUACUGUGAACAACAUUGAUGUGACAGCUGCACAGGCUCUGAUUGACGUUCGCAACCAGCUUGAUCGAUACGCAGCGCCAAACACAGUUGAUUGGCACUUUGCGCAUGUCGAGAACAGAUGGACGAAGCGCGCACUUGCCGCAGCAGGGUUUGGAUACAGAAGCCCUCGUCCGGGACCCGGUGGCCCCGGUCAUUGGAAGACCAUUUUCAGCAUUGCCGACUUGGGAGGUUCUGACAGUGCCGCCACAGCCGCCGCCCUGGAAGAAAAGGCAGAGAGAACUUUGUCCAUGCGGUUCGACACUGAAAGGAAACUGUCUCCAGACUCAGAUGGCUCUGAUAAGGAUGUGCCUCGCAACCCUCAGAGUGCACGAUUAGUUGCUAUCCAAGGUCUCAACAGACCUUACUUCCACUUCGACCUGCAAGAAGCGGUUGAAGCAGCAGUUGAGAGUGCCGAACGCCGGGAGCCAUAA